AUGGCUUUCCUAAUGAAAAACGUGCUGAGUAACCAGGUGAAAAAUCUGGGGCUUCAUGGAGGGGGCGAAGAAAAGAAGGAGGAAGCCGCCCCUACUGACCCAGCUACGGCGGCAGGAAUGACCCGGGAGGAAUACGAGGAGUAUCAAAAGCAGAUGAUAGAGGAGAAGAUGGAAAGAGACGCAGCUUUUGUGCAAAAGAAGGCCGGACGAGCUGUUGUGCGGGUUCACUUGCGAGAGAAAUACAGACUUCCAAAGAGUGAAUUGGAUGAGACUCAGAUCCAACUGGGUGGAGAUGAGGUGGACUUGCCAGAAGACCUCCAGAAGAUGGUAGUAGAGGAUCAGGAAGAGGAAGAAGACAAAGAUACUAUUUUUGGACAGCUUCAGAACCUCCAGAAUAUGGACAUGGAUGCUAUCAAAGAAAAAGUUCAAGCUACUUUCACUGAUAUUAAGCAGGCAGCUGAACAGAAGUGUUCUGUAAUGUAG